UAUCUCGUCUAUCAGCAAUGGCCUCUGCCGAACUCGCCACAACUUACGCUGCCCUCAUCCUCGCCGAUGACGGUGUAGAGAUCACCGCCGACAAGAUCAACGCCAUCACAACAGCGGCCAAGGUCGAUGUCGAGCCCAUCUGGGCAACACUGCUCGCAAAAGCCCUCGCUGGGCGGGAGGUUAAGGAGAUGCUGAUGAAUGUCGGUGCUGGCGGUGGGGCACCAGUCGCUGGCAGCGCACCUGCUGCUGCUGCGGGCGGUGUUGCUGUUGAGGCCGCCGCAGAAGAGAAGGAGGAGGAAAAGAAAGAGGAGGAGAAGGAGGAGUCAGACGACGACAUGGGCUUCGGUCUCUUCGACUAAGCGUCUUGGGUGUUGGGUGGUCUCUUAUUGCUUCUCUCUCGCAUCCUUGCAUACAGCAUGUCCGAUUGUCAUAUGUCAGAUUAUGGUAAUGCAUGUGGCACAUGAAAUUUGGGCGUGAAAUGGUGUGAUCAAAUUGUAGCAUGAUUCGCAGCUCAGUUCAUCAAUGUGACAGUGCCUGCUGCACGUAUCUCACACCCUCUGAUUUUUCUCAGCCCUCACAUUUUAC